AUGUUUUGUUUCGCACAGUCGUCGCCGAUCUCGCUCCAGAACGUGCACGACAGCUUCGUCGCGCUGAGCCACCCCCAUUUCCCCAAGCACGCCGUGCGGAUCAAGCAGACCGACUUUUGCGAUCCCACCGUCAAUGUAUACUCGGGCUACGUCGACAUCACGGGCGCGAAGCACCUGUUCUUCGUAUACUUUGAGAGCCGGCGCGACCCCGCGAACGACGAUGUCGUGCUCUGGCUGAACGGAGGACCGGGCGGUUCAGGAACGCUCGGCAUGCUGAUGGAACUCGGACCGUGCACGGUCGCGUCCGCCAACUCGACCAAACUCAACCCAUAUUCGUGGAACAACGAGGCUAACCUGCUCUUCGUCGAACAACCCGUCGGCGUGGGCUACUCCUACGCGGAAUACGGCGAAACGGUGUACACCACCGCGGACGCCGCGAAGGAUAUCGCGGCCUUCCUCGCCAUCCUCGCCAACGGCUUCUCCGAGUUCGGCGCCAAGCCGUUCCACAUCGCGGGCGAGUCGUACGGGGGCCGCUACGUCCCGUGGUUCGCGGCGGAGCUGUUCGACCUCAACGCCGAGCUGACCGCGCGCAACCUGACCGCGGUCAACCUCCAGUCGAUCCUCAUCGGUCCGAACAUACUCGCGGCGGUUGACAUGCAGUGCACGGACGCGUCGGGCCUCCCGCCCGUCCAACCCAUCAAGACCUGCAUCCGCAUGAAACAGGUGGCCCCGCGCUGCAAAAAGUGGUACACCGAGUCUUGCAAAGACUCUCUCGACGUCAUCAACUGCGGCGCCGCGAUUUCGUUCUGCGACGAGGAGCUCACCGCGCCCUUCCUAUCGGGCGGCAUGAACCCGUACGAUCUGAGCAAGAAGUGCACGGUGGAAGAGCUCAUGGACAAUCUCUGCUACCCCAUCUCCAAGAAUAUCACCGCCCUGCUGAACCAGCCCUGGGUGCGCGCGGAGCUCGGCGUCGACCCGAUCUUCGAUGAGCAGAACAUAACGUAUACGCCCGUGUCCUGGACGGUGAACCAGGGCUUCGCGGCUCGGCACGACCAUAUGUACACGACGGAGGGGCACAUCGCCGCGCUGCUCGAGCGCGGGAUCAAGGUGCUCAUCUACGUCGGCGAGUACGACGUGCUCUGCAACUGGCUCGGCAACCUCCACAUGGCGCUCAACCUGGAGUGGACGGGCGCGGAGGGCUUCGAGGCGGCGGCGUUCCGGGGGUGGGAGGUCGAGGAGGGCGGAGGGCAGGUGGGUAAAGUCCGCGCGUCGGGAGGGCUGACGUUCGCGACCGUCGCGGGCGCGGGACACAUGGUGCCGUACGAUAAGCCGAAGGAGGCGCUGGCGAUGUUCAAUCGGUGGCUGGAAGGCAGACCGCUCUGA